AUGCACGAUGUUGUAUUCUAUGUUCACAUAGCUGAGGGGGUUCACAAAAGCUUGCUCAUUCAUAGGAUUUACGAACUUUUCAUACACCUGGGACUCUCCGACCAUAAGACCGGCGCUUUUCUCCUCCUCUUGUGUGCCUGCGCCGAAGCAGGAUUUAACUCAGCCGCCCGAAGCCUAGCAGCAUCACUUGGUGGCGCCAAACGCCUCUACGCGCUCUCUAAUUGUGCUUCCGUUUUUAUUACUCUCGUAUUCAUCGUCAUGGGUGCCCUUUUUGGAACCAUUUUCAUUCACCAAGAGCCCCCUCAGUUAGACAUACCAGUUGGUGAUUUCAGUUACCUCUAUGGCAUAACGGCAACGGCAUCAGUGGCACUUGUAUUUAUCGUUGACUUCUACUUCUGUGAGUUUAUGGUGAAGAAGGUGGGUAUUCAUUCUGUCCAGAGGAUAUCCUACCCAUGUCUAACCGCGGCUGGAUUUCUUAUCAGGCAAGUCGGUUCGGCGAAUCUCGAUGUGAGUGGCCACGUAGAUGUCAUCGUGCCCGACUCCGCGACACGCCCCCCUCAUUUCCUGUCCUCGGGUGUCAUUGUUAGCAUGCUGAUGUUUUUAUAUGCCUCUAAUUUGUUGUGCAAAUCGAACGAAGAUGCCAGAGGCAAAUUCUACAGCCGACGCUUCGUGGGCUUCUCCACCGCCGGCCUCCCACUCUACAUUCCCCAGACGACGGUGUCGGGCGGCGGCGGCGGUGGACCUGGCGAGGGCGAUGGUCCGAGUCUGGCCUACCACGUCCUCGCAACCCUGAAGCAGGUCACGUCGGACCGGGCUUCGUUUCGUAUUUUCGUCUUUCUCUGCUUGAACCUGUCUUUCACGUUCAUCGAACUGUUUUACGGUGUUUGGACUAACAGCCUCGGCCUGAUCUCGGAUGGCUUCCACAUGCUGUUCGAUUGCGCUGCCCUUGUCAUGGGCCUCUACGCGUCGGUUGUCGGUCGGUGGAAACCAACGCGUAUCUACUCUUACGGGUUCCAUCGGGCUGAGAUUCUCUCUGGCUUUGUCAAUUCCCUCGCCCUGCUGGUUGUUUCCAUGUCAAUCGCCAUUAACGCCCUCAAGCGAAUUCAUCAACCACCAGACAUAAAUACGGAUCGGCUUAUGGCGGUAUCGAUCGGUGGGCUUUUGGUUAACCUGGUGGGCAUCCUUGCCCUAGGGCACGCUCACAGCCACGGGGGCUGUAGCGGGUCCCACGGUGGUCAUGGGCACUCCCACGGUAGCCACGGCCACUCCCACGGACUCGCCUCUUCCUCCUCCUCGCACGCUCACGCGCACGACAAGUGCGUCGCUGAGACAGCGGUGCCCUGCACCAACGGCCUCUCCGACGCCCACGACGCCCUCUCUGAGGACCACGAGGAGGCCUCGGGGGACAGCAAUCUGAGGGGCGUCUACUUGCACGUUCUGGCUGACACACUAGGCAGUGUUGGGGUGAUAAUUAGCUCCUUCUUUGUGACUAACUUCGGUUGGAACAUCGCUGAUCCAAUCUGCUCCCUGUUCAUUUCCGGCGCCAUCACUUACUCUGCGUUGCCACUUGUCAAGGACACGGUUCUUGUCUUGGCGCUGCGGGCACCGUCCAAACGCCACCCCGCCCAUCCGCAGCGCAUCCUUCGGAAGGUUCUUCAACUGGAGAAUGUGCUCGAAGUGAUAAAUCCCUGCAUUUGGCAGAACACCGAGGACUCCAUCUGUUGCUCCAUGCGCCUACGCAUCGCUCCCCAGGCCACCGAACAGCUCGUGAAGGAAACCCUGAAGAACGACCAAAUAAGUCACCUGACAGUUCAGUUGGAGAAGGACGAUUUCUACCAACACAUGGAUGCACUGGAUUUGCACCUAGACUCCACUUCCUGCUAUUCGAAAGCCACCCUCUCAGAGUCACCCAAUCACCGUCAUUCCCUCGGUGCGUCGGUGACAACCCACACUAGCCAUGAUGGCGGUGGCUGGACAACAAUUAAAUUUUAA